AAAUCCUUCCGCCGCUGCCACCACCAACGCGGUACUCUGUGAAUGAAAGUGUCGCAUCCGGUAUGAUAACACUUAGUGUGAUUACAAACAGGAUUUUAACAAACAUUACUAAACCUCUGAGGUUCUCACGGCUCAUAGCUGCACGCACCCACCUACGCUGUUUGCUCCCAGUGAACGAGCCUCGCUCAGAAGCUCGUUUCAUGUCCAGCGAGGCGAAGAGACUCCGCGCAGAGAACAUGUCCGGGACCAAGAUCGGGACCCACAACGGCAGCUUCCACUGUGACGAGGUUCUGGCCUGCUUCUUCCUCCGCCAGCUCCCCGAGUACAAGGAUGCUGAGAUCGUUCGGACCAGGGACCCGGUGAAGCUGGCAGAGUGCGACAUCGUUGUAGAUGUGGGAGGAGAGUUUAACCCGAAGGAGCACCGCUAUGACCAUCACCAGAGGACAUUUACAGACAGCUACAACAGUUUGAUUCCAGAGAAGCCGUGGGUGACCAAACUCAGCUCGGCCGGCCUGGUCUACCUGCACUUUGGCCACCGGGUGCUGGCCCAGCUGACGCAGCUGAAGGAGGAUGACAGGCAGCUGGAGGUGCUCUAUGACAAGCUGUACGAUAACUUUGUGGAGGAGGUUGAUGCCAUAGACAACGGCAUUUCCCAGUAUGAUGGGGAACCCCGCUACGCCAUUUCCAGCACGCUGAGUGCACGUGUCGGCCACCUGAACCCACGCUGGAACAGCAAGAGUCAGGACACUGAGGAGGGUUUCAGGAAGGCCAUGAAAAUGGUUGGGGAGGAGUUCAUGGACCGUGUGGAUUUUUACCAGUCCUCCUGGUUGCCGGCUCGUGUGGUGGUGGAGGAAGCUGUAAAGCAAAGACAUAAGGUAGAUCCCAGUGGAGAGGUUCUGUUGUUUUCCCAGGGCGGGUGUCCCUGGAAGGAGCAUCUGUUUGCCCUGGAGGAGGAUCUCAAGGUGGAGACGCCCAUCAAGUUUGUCUUGUACCCAGACCAGAACGGACAGUGGAGGGUCCAGUGUGUACCCGCUGGGCUCCACACCUUUAAUAACAGGCUGUCCUUGCUGGAGGAGUGGCGUGGCGUCAGAGACGAUGCGUUGUCGAAGCUCAGCGGGAUCAAGGGCUGCAUCUUCGUCCACACUGGAGGCUUUAUUGGCGGGAACAAGACCCAGGAAGGCGCCCUGGAGAUGGCCCGGAGGACCCUGCAGGCUGCAGCCCAGUCCCCUAAAAAUGGAAGCAGCUGACCGGAUGGAGAAGGUGGCCAACAGCACAUUUUGUGCUCUGGGUUAGUCCUCAGAGAGGAUGGCAAGGAUUAAAAUGUUAUUUUCCUAGCUUGCAGUUUGCUCAUCCCACCCAGGGCUAAUGUUUUGUUAUGUUUUACCAGAAUUGGGAUGGUAUGGAAAUGGCAGCCAAAUAACCUUGAACCAGUUCACUAAUACCUAUGUCUAUAAACACUCAUGUUAUUCUUCUCUCCAUCUGUACUAAAAUCUGUUUCGGUAUUCAUUUGAAAUAAAAAACUAUUUGGAUUA